CCAGCGGUAGAGAACGCACGUGGUGAGCGCCAUGUUUCGCGCCGUGAGUGUCGGUUGGAAACGGUACUGGUGGGGAACAGGUAUCCUGCCGGACAGGACAAACAGAGUGGAGGAUAUCUACUUGCGAUUUUACAAUGGGAACACAAUUGAAGAGUACGUGGACGUGCCGCUCAAUCAGGCUGCUCGUAUCUUAGAUAUAAAGGGCUUCGACAAAAGCAAUCCUACUGUACUGUACAUACAUGGCUUCAUAGAAACCGCCCAGCAGGAAAGUGUACAAGUCAUGGUUAGCGCGUACUUGGAGGCUAGACCUAACACUAACGUGAUUCUGCUGGACUGGUCCAACAUGUCGCACGGCUCGUACCUCGUCAAUGCGGCGAGGAAUACCAAGAAGGUUGGAGCAGCGGUAGCGGAGCAGGUACAGAGGUUGAUGGAGGCUGGUCUCGCUGCGGAGAGGCUGCAUCUCAUUGGACACUCCCUGGGCAGCCACGUAGCGGGCUACCUGGCCAGGGAGUUAAAGAACAAAUACAACAGGAGUGUUAAGAGGCUAUCCGCGCUCGACCCGGCCUUCCCUGGCUUCUAUCCAGAUGGCAUAGUAAUGGAGCACGUGAGCGACAAGGACGCAGAGUUCGUGGACGUCAUCCAUACGGACGCCGGCGGCUACGGGGCUCCGGUACGCACGGGCACCGCCGACUUCUGGCCAAACGGUGGCAAAAGCAUCCAGCCGGGAUGCCCGCGCUUCGCACCCGUACCGCUGUCGGAUGAUAGCCGAGCCAAAGGCACCAAACCAAAACACAAACACAAGAAAGUGAACACUCUUUUCCAUCGAGACCUCUGCAGCCAUUGGAGAUCGUGGAGGUUCUUCGCGGAGUCUGUGCGGAACCCGGAAGCGUUUCCCGCCUCCCCCGCAGACUCGUACAGUAAAUUUAGAGAAAACCCCACGCCCGAAGUAGGCAUGAUCUACAUGGGUGCCGACUGCGACCCUGGGGCGCGUGGAUCAUAUUAUUUAAGAACAAACUCACAAUCUCCUUAUGGAAAAGGUUUAGAAGGAAUUUAUCCGAAGAAUAAAUCAAAAACAAAUGAGAAAACUGAAGUUAAUCACAUGUAAAUAAAGACUAGGCUCUAAGUCCAUUUAUGUGAAAUAUAUGAAUACCACAGUUUGACAUCGUAAUAAUAUUAGUGGAUCUUUCAAAUUGAAAAUCUCAUAGUGAUUUUAGUGUUCAAGAAAUUGUUACUUACAAACAAUUUUUAUGUAGAUAGAGACCAUAAAGUUAAUA